UUUCUCACAAGUCCGCACCUCGUCUCUGACUCUCUCCUUGUAACGACCAGCGUUCUCUGAUCCAAGCUCUCAUACGCUUCUCUCUCACUCCCAUAUUUUCCUUCUCUGCUGCGCCGUUUGAAUUCCAGAGCAGGCAAUGGCCGGAAAGGGCGAAGGUCCGGCUAUCGGAAUUGAUCUCGGCACCACCUACUCCUGCGUCGGCGUUUGGCAACACGACCGCGUCGAGAUCAUAGCCAACGAUCAGGGCAACAGGACGACGCCUUCGUAUGUCGCCUUCACAGACUCUGAGCGUCUCAUUGGGGACGCCGCGAAGAACCAGGUCGCCAUGAACCCGACCAACACCGUCUUCGAUGCAAAACGUCUAAUUGGCAGGAGAUAUAGUGAUUCCUCUGUCCAGAGCGACAUCAAAUUAUGGCCUUUCAAGGUUGUUUCUGGUCCCGGUGACAAGCCAAUGAUUAUUGUUAACUACAAAGGUGAAGAGAAGCAGUUUUCUGCUGAAGAAAUCUCUUCGAUGGUCCUGAACAAGAUGAAAGAAAUUGCAGAGGCUUAUCUUGGUUCUACAAUAAAAAAUGCAGUUGUUACAGUCCCUGCCUACUUUAAUGACUCCCAAAGACAGGCAACGAAGGAUGCUGGUGUAAUCUCUGGAUUAAAUGUCAUGCGCAUUAUCAAUGAACCAACUGCCGCGGCAAUCGCCUAUGGUCUAGAUAAGAAAGCUACCAGUGUUGGGGAGAAGAAUGUGCUCAUCUUCGAUCUUGGUGGGGGUACUUUUGAUGUUUCUCUGCUCACCAUUGAAGAGGGUAUUUUUGAGGUGAAAGCCACAGCCGGUGAUACCCAUCUUGGUGGAGAGGAUUUUGAUAAUAGAAUGGUGAAUCAUUUUGUCCAGGAGUUCAAGAGGAAGAACAAGAAGGAUAUCAGUGGUAACCCCAGGGCACUUAGGAGGCUGAGGACUGCCUGUGAGAGGGCAAAGAGAACUCUCUCCUCCACCGCUCAGACCACCAUUGAGAUUGACUCGUUAUUUGAGGGUAUUGACUUCUACUCCACCAUAACCCGUGCCAGAUUUGAGGAGCUGAAUAUGGAUCUCUUUAGAAAGUGCAUGGAGCCCGUGGAGAAAUGUCUGAGGGAUGCUAAGAUGGACAAAAGUACUGUCCAUGAUGUAGUUCUUGUUGGUGGAUCUACCAGAAUUCCCAAGGUACAACAGCUGUUGCAGGACUUCUUUAAUGGGAAGGAGCUUUGUAAAAGCAUAAACCCUGAUGAGGCUGUUGCUUAUGGUGCUGCUGUGCAAGCGGCUAUUUUGAGCGGUGAAGGCAAUGAGAAGGUCCAGGAUUUGUUGUUGUUGGAUGUCACCCCUCUAUCCCUUGGGCUUGAAACUGCUGGAGGAGUCAUGACCGUUCUAAUACCAAGAAACACCACAAUUCCUACCAAGAAAGAACAAGUCUUCUCAACCUACUCUGACAACCAACCUGGGGUUUUGAUCCAGGUAUACGAGGGUGAGAGAACAAGAACCAGAGACAAUAACCUGUUGGGUAAGUUUGAGCUCUCUGGUAUUCCUCCGGCCCCUAGGGGUGUCCCCCAGAUUACUGUGUGCUUUGAUAUCGAUGCCAACGGCAUCUUGAAUGUCUCUGCUGAAGACAAAACGACAGGGCAGAAGAACAAGAUCACUAUCACUAAUGAUAAGGGUAGGCUCUCCAAGGAGGAAAUUGAGAAGAUGGUUCAGGAAGCAGAGAAGUAUAAGUCAGAAGACGAGGAACAUAAGAAGAAAGUGGAGGCAAAGAAUGCACUGGAGAACUAUGCUUAUAACAUGAGGAACACAAUAAAGGAUGACAAGAUCAGUGCUAAGCUCAACCCUGCUGACAAGAAGAAGAUCGAGGAUGCCAUUGAUCAGGCCAUUUCGUGGCUCGAUAACAACCAACUUGCCGAAGCUGAUGAGUUUGAGGAUAAGAUGAAGGAACUUGAGAGCAUCUGCAACCCCAUCAUUGCAAAGAUGUAUCAAGGCGCUGGUGCUGAUGCUGGUGGUGCCAUGGAUGAUGACGAUGCUCCUCCAGCUGGUGGAAGCGGUGCUGGACCCAAGAUUGAGGAGGUUGAUUAGAGCAUGUGCAGUGGCUUCUACCGGGAGAAAUUAUUGUUUGGUUUCUAUUAUAGUGUUUCGGACAGCAUAAUAGGAAUCUUGGAUUGGAUGGCUUCCACUAUGCGGUGCCUUCAAUUUUGAUUUCUAAAGAACGUUUACAAAAUUUCGAGGAUAUGCUUUUCAAUUUAGAAUUUCAGAUGUUCACAAUGAUAAAAUUAGUUAAAUAUGCUAUUACCUUGAACUUGUUUUA